CGGCCAUGGCGGCGGCCCCGGCGGAGGCCGAGACCCGGCAGCGGCUGCUGCGCACCGUCAAGAAGGAGGUCAAACAGAUCAUGGAGGAGGCGGUGACGAGGAAGUUUGUGCAUGAGGACAGCAGCCACAUCAUCUCCUUCUGUGCGGCGGUGGAGGCCUGCGUCUUGUUUGGCUUGAAGCGGCGGGCAGCAGGGUUCCUGCGCAGCAACAAGAUAGCAGCUCUCUUCAUGAAGGUGGGAAAGAGCUUUCCCCUGGCAGAGGAGCUCUGCAGGAAGGUGCAGGACCUGGAGCAGCUCAUCGAGAACGCACGAAACCAGGUCCAGGGCAUCCCGGAGAACGUGCGCAAGAUGCCGAAGCUGCCCAACCUGUCUCCUCAAGCCAUCAAGCACCUCUGGAUCCGCACGGCCCUCUUUGAAAAGGUCCUGGAUAAAAUCGUCCAUUACUUGGUAGAAAACAGCAGUAAGUACUAUGAGAAAGAAGCUCUCCUGAUGGAUCCUGUGGAUGGACCAAUUCUCGCCUCUUUACUGGUGGGGCCCUGCGCGCUGGAGUACACCAAGAUGAAGACCGCCGACCACUUCUGGACAGACCCCUCUGCGGAUGAGCUGGUGCAGAGGCACCGCAUCCACAGCUCCCACUGCCGCCAGGACUCGCCCACCAAGCGCCCGGCGCUCUGCAUCCAGAAGAGGCAUUCGAGCGGCAGCAUGGAUGAUCGGCCGUCACUGUCUGCCAGGGACUACGUGGAGUCGCUGCACCAGAAUUCCCGAGCCACCCUCCUCUAUGGCAAGAACAACGUCCUGGUGCAGCCACGAGAUGACAUGGAGGCGAUCCCGGGGUAUCUGUCCCUUCACCAGGCUGCAGACAUCAUGGCACUGAAGUGGACUCCCAACCAGCUGAUGAACGGCUCCGUGGGGGAUCUGGACUACGAGAAGAGUGUGUACUGGGACUAUGCCAUGACUAUUCGCCUGGAGGAGAUCGUGUACUUGCACUGCCACCAGCAAGUAGACAGCGGUGGAACGGUUGUCUUGGUGAGCCAGGAUGGGAUUCAGAGGCCUCCGCUGCGCUUUCCCAGAGGAGGGCACUUGCUGCAGUUCCUGUCCUGCCUGGAGAACGGGCUCCUGCCCCACGGGCAGCUGGAUCCACCCCUCUGGUCACAGCGGGGAAAGGGAAAGGUGUUUCCCAAGCUGAGGAAGCGAAGCCCACAGGGCUCCUCCGAGUCUGCCUCCGACAAGGAAGACGAUGAAGCCACGGAUUAUGUUUUCAGGAUCAUCUACCCAGGGACACAGGCUGAAUUCGUUCCCAUUAAUGGCCAUUUUCAGCCGUUCCUCGCCUCUGUGAUCUCCAUCAGUGCAAUGAGAGGGAGGAGCACAAGGACUGCAGCUGCGAGCAGGAUGGUGGUGACCCCUAAGUGGUUUCUGAGGCUCCCCAUCACGUCCCGACCUCCCUUUGGCCCUCUGGGGACCGCUCGGUGUCAGUUGCCCCAGGACCUGAUGGACGCGCCAGGCUCUGCUCUGCCUCCCAUGUGGCAGCCCAGCACCCGCAAGUCCUCCUGCUCCUCCUGCUCGCAGAGCGGCUCCUCCGACGGCGGACCAGCCAACGGCUGCAGCCACGAGAGAGCUCCGCUGAAGCUCCUGUGUGACAACAUGAAGUACCAGAUCCUCUCCCGGGCCUUCUACGGCUGGCUGGCCUAUUGCAGGCACCUCUCCACGGUGCGCACCCACCUCUCGGCGCUGGUGAACCACAACAUCGUGUCCCCUGAUGUGCCCUGCAGCGCCAGCUCGGGGCUGACCGUGGACAUCUGGCAGAGAUACCUGCAGGACAGCACGAGUUACGAGGACCAGGAGCUGCUGCGGCUCAUCUACUAUGGUGGGAUCCAGCACGAGAUCAGGAAGGCUGUCUGGCCCUUCCUGCUGGGCCAUUACCAGUUCGGGAUGACGGAGGCAGAAAGGAAGGAGGCGGACGAGCAGACGCGCACGUGCUACGAGCACACCAUGGCGCAGUGGCUGGGCUGCGAGGCCAUCGUCCGCCAGCGGGAGAAGGAGUCGCAUGCGGCUGCCCUGGCCAAGUGCUCCUCAGGGGCCAGCCUGGAUUCCCACCUCCAGAGGAUGAUGCACAGGGACUCCACCAUCAGCAACGAGUCCUCGCAGAGCUGCAGCUCCGGCCGACAGAAUCACGCCCGGCUGCAGAGCGACUCCAGCUCCAGCACCCAGGUGUUUGAGUCUGUUGAUGAGGCGGAGCAGCCCGAGGCGGACGCUCAGCUGGAAGAUGGCAAAGCGAGCAAGAUCCCCAACGGGACCGUGCCCAACGGUGCCUGCUCCCCGGACUCCGGCCACCCCUCGUCCCAGAACUUCUCCAUCGCGUCGGGGUUCUCCGAGCGCAGCUUCAGCAACGAGGACAGCGCCCUGGAGACCACCAAGUCCUCGGCCAGCUCCCAGGGAAAGGCGGGGGGCUCGGAUGCGCCAGCCCCGCAGGACCCUGAUGGGGCCCGGCAGGAGGAGAAGCUGCAGGGCCAGGACAGCCUGGAAGGGGAGUUUGCCAGCGGUGGAAGCGCGGACUUUGUUCCGGUGAGCUCCUCGGGGGUCCUGCGUGAUGGAGACCGUGUGGCCCUGGCCGUGGUAGAGAGCUGGGCAGACAGCGAAGCUGAGAAGCAGAGCUUGGUGGAGAGUGAGGACACCCUCUCCGAGGAGCCGGAGAUGGAGAGCCUGUACCCGCAGCUGGACUCCCUGCCUGCAGCUGAUCUGGCCACCAGUGGAACGGCUGCCGUCUCCUCGACGGGUGUCACCUACUCGGCAGAGCUCCUGGACAUGUACACGGUGAACCUGCACCGCAUCGAGAAGGACGUGCAGCGCUGCGACCGCAACUACUGGUACUUCACCCCCGCCAACCUGGAGAAGCUGCGCAACAUCAUGUGCAGCUACAUCUGGCAGCACAUUGAGAUUGGCUACGUGCAGGGGAUGUGUGACCUGCUGGCCCCUCUCCUCGUCAUCCUGGAUGAUGAGGCUCUGGCCUUCAGCUGUUUCACUGAGCUGAUGAAGAGGAUGAAUCAGAACUUUCCCCAUGGAGGAGCCAUGGACACCCACUUUGCCAACAUGAGAUCCCUGAUCCAGAUCCUGGACUCAGAGCUCUUUGAGCUGAUGCACCAGAACGGUGACUACACUCACUUCUACUUCUGCUACCGGUGGUUUCUCCUGGACUUCAAGAGAGAGCUGGUGUACGAUGAUGUCUUUGCCGUCUGGGAGACCAUCUGGGCAGCUGCACACGUCUCCUCCGCUCACUACGUGCUCUUCAUAGCCCUGGCGUUGGUGGAAAUGUACCGGGACAUAAUCCUGGAGAACAACAUGGAUUUUACAGACAUCAUCAAGUUUUUCAAUGAGAUGGCCGAGCGGCACAACACCAAGCAGAUCCUGAAGCUGGCUCGGGACCUCGUCUAUAAAGUCCAGACUCUGAUCGAGAACAAGUGAAGGACAGGGGGAAGGUGAGAUAUCCAGACAAGGAGCCGGGACGCCCCUCCAAUGCUUCCUCCCCUUCUCCUCCUCCUCCAAGUGCCAUGCCUGUGGAUACAAGGUAGUUGGACACAUGCUGCUGUCUAAGCUGGAAGUACCCUUAGCUCUCCACGUGCUGUGUUCAGUGUUAGGUCCAGUGCUCCUGGCUCACGUCUUCGCAGCCGCCUUCAGUGACUUAACCAAAGAUCUGUGCAAGUGCAUCUCAGUGCUGAGGACUUGCUUUGGGAGCACCCAAA